CCACGCAGUUUCCUUUCGCGUUUCUGCGUGAUUCUUCCUCGUACAGAGAUGUAAUUAUUGUUCGUCGCCGAAUUAAGCUAAAGGCAGAUCAGAUAAGAAUGGCGGCUUACACAGUGGUAAUGGAAAACCUAAAGGAAAGAGCAGAAUUCAUGAAAGAAUCAAUGCACAAGAGCCAAACCAUUACCGAUAAUAUGAUCUCCAUUCUCGGCUCCUUUGAUCACCGCCUCUCCGCCCUCGAAACCGCCAUGCGUCCCACUCAGAUAAGGACGCAUUCGAUUCGGAAAGCACACGAGAACAUUGACAAGACAUUGAAGGUAGCUGAGUCCAUAUUGGCUCAAUUUGAUCUUGCGCGCCAGACAGAGGCUAAAAUAUUGCGAGGACCACAUGAGGAUUUGGAGAGUUAUCUGGAAGCAGUUAAUCAGCUAAGGAGUAUUGUCAAAUUUUUCAGCAGUACCAAAGGCCUUAAAAGUAGUAUUGGCAUGAUUAACCAUGCUUCCAAUUUACUGGCAAAGUCUGUUCUUAAGCUAGAAGAAGAGUUUCGUCAGCUUCUAACCUCAUACAGUAAACCUGUGGAACCUGAUCGUCUUUUUGAUUGCCUUCCCCAAUCUCUGAGACCAUCUACAGGAUCACCUAGUAAGGGUGAUGGUACUGGAAUGAAAGAGCACCAAAGAAGUUUAGAAACUGUGGUUUACCACCCUCCAGCGCUCAUUCCCCCUAGAAUACUGCCCUUGCUACAUGAGUUAGCUCAGCAAAUGAUUCAAGCUGGCCAUCAACAGCAACUGUAUACCAUAUAUAAGGAAACACGUUCUUCAGUUGUGGAGCAGAGUCUGAGAAAACUAGGUGUGGAAAGACUUGGUAAAGAGGAUGUACAGAAAAUGCAGUGGGAAGUUUUAGAGGCAAAGAUAGGAAAUUGGAUUCACUUCAUGCGGAUAUCCGUAAAACUUUUAUUUGCUGCGGAGAAGAAAGUCUCUGAUCAAAUAUUUGAAGGUCAAGAUAGUCUUAAAGAUCAAUGUUUCGCGGAGGUUACUGCAAAUAGCGUAGCAGUGCUGCUUAGCUUUGGAGAAGCCAUUGCCAAAAGCAAACGAUCGCCUGAAAAGUUAUUUGUCCUUUUAGAUAUGUAUGAGAUAAUGAGAGAACUUCAGUCAGAGAUGGACAUUAUUUUUGGAAGCAAAUAUUGCAGUGAAAUGCGAGAAGCUGCUAAAGUGCUGACUGAUCGUUUGGCUGAGACAGCACAGGAGACCUUUGUAGAUUUUGAAGAAGCAGUAGAGAAGGAUGCCACAAAAACGUCUGUUCUUGAUGGAACUGUCCAUCCUUUAACUAGCUAUGUGAUCAAUUAUGUCAAAUUUUUAUUUGACUAUCAGUCAACUUUAAAGCAACUUUUUGGAGAUGCCGAUGAUGGUAAUUCCAAGGACCAGUUGGGAGUGAUAACCACACGGAUACUGCAAGCUCUUCAGAGUAACCUGGACGGGAAAUCUAAGCAAUACAAAGAUCCUGCUUUGACUCAACUAUUUCUGAUGAAUAAUAUUCACUAUAUUGUAAGAUCUGUUCGCAGGUCAGAAGCAAAGGAUGUGCUUGGUGAUGAUUGGGUGCAAAUACAUAGAAGGGUAGUCCAGCAGCAUGCAAAUCAGUACAAGAGGAUCUCUUGGUCUAAGAUUCUGCAAACUCUCUCGGUGCAAGGAGUUUCUACAGCUGGGAGUGGUUCAUUUACAGGUGAAGUCACCAGUAGCAACAGUGGUAUCUCUAGGUCUACGGUGAAAGAUAGGUUUAAGACCUUCAACAUGUUAUUUGAGGAGAUUCAUCAAAGGCAAUCUCAAUGGACAGUUCCUGACAGUGAGUUGCGCGAGUCUUUAAGGCUAGCAGUCGCGGAAGUCCUAUUGCCUGCCUACAGGUCUUUCAUCAAGCGUUUCGGGCCGAUGAUUGAGGGUGGCAAAAAUCCCCAAAAGUAUAUCAGAUACACACCAGAGGACCUUGAACGAAUGCUGGCCGAGUUUUUUGAAGGAAAAACCUGGAAAGGACCUUAAACAAAUGUUGACCGACUGUUAGAUCUGAAGGAAAACCUGUAAGAACAUACUUAGUUGAUAAGUGUAGUUUUUCUGCAAAUUUUGAUUUGCUGUUUCGUUAUUCUUUACUACAUGGUUGAUAAAAUAAAUUGGGGUGUAAAAUGUAUAAUGCAUUAUUAUUUUGUUAUAUACAUCAUUUUCGUGAUUGAAAUAAAAUCAUUUCCCACUUUG